AUGGCAAACGAUUCUCUGGGUUCACAUCAAGCUGAGGUGCACAGCUCUAUUGAAUUCGUACAAGGAUGGAAUCGUGAACUUCCAUUACGGGAUGGACUAGCCAAUAUGUAUACGCGAUUUGCGUACAGUUUUGCUGAGUAUAGCAAGAAGUUUGACGGUGAAAACAACCAGGCUGGAUGCCAAAGGUUUGCUUUAGGUCGAUUGAUGUAA